GACUUGGACAGUGGGAGCUCGUGGUGACAUCUUGAUUAGGCCUUGGGGACAGCUGCGAGCCGUCCCGGGGAAAUGCCGGGACAGAGACGGCCCGGGUGGGCAUGGGUAGCGGAGGGUCGAGGUGAAGAGGCGCCUUGGCAGCAGAUGCCUCCGCCUGGAACGGAGAUGCGAGGGGCCUCGGCUUCCUCCCCACAAUAGAGCCGGGGAUGGGCGGCUCUCUCUGCUCCUGGACCCGCUGUUCGCUGCCGGCACCUUGGAGCUGCUGGGCAAGAAAGGGAAAGCGGUAGGACUAGGUCCCUUGCAGAGGAGCGUGGAGGCUCCCCCGCUUCCCGGCCAUCCCUAGAAGUAGCCCCUCGGAGGGUUUGGGAAGGGCAGAGGAGCAGGCGGCGGACUCCCUCCUUAGCUUGGGGGAUGUCUGUCUCCCUCCUGCCUUUCUGCACCGGACUCACCUCCUCGUGCCUCUGAGGUGAGCCUCAUGAUUUGGCUUUGCCCUCCAGGGGUCCAGGCAAUCGAUGAUGACUUUGACCAAGAAAAUGUCUCUGAGACCUGAGAGCAGCCUUAAUGCUUGGCUUGGACAGUCUGGGGUUUCCUGGGAGUCCCAGGCAUUUGAAAUUCCCUCACUGGGGUUUCUGAGGCUGAGAGGAGAACUGCUGAACUUCCCAAAUCUGAUUCUAGUCCCCUUCUCCCCUUCGCUGGAAAUCACGAUCCCUGGGGCCCCAUAAAGAUUGUCUAUGCCCCGGAAUGACUCACUUGUAUGCAUUAGCCCCUUGAAGUAGACUUGAGCCUGCUUCCCCUCUGGCCUUGAUCCUCGGGAGGGCAGCGGCAUCAGAGAGCCUCCUGAACUACUGACGUGAUCCUGGAGGCACCUGCUCUUCCUCCUGUUCCCAGGCCGUAAUAGGGAGAGCCACAGAGGAUAUUCCCCCUAAUGUCUCUACCUAUCCCUUUAAGGAUAUUUCUCCCCAUAUAUCAAGGCUCUGGCCCCAAGAGGCAGCUUCAAUCUAGUAGGCUGGGACCAGCGAUGGACUUCCAGGGAGUUCCUACUCCUUUCAGGGUCAAGGACUCAGGGCCAGGGCCCAGAGAGAGCCCUGCUCUUCCCUGUUGCUAACAUUGAGAGAUUUAGGGCAAGUCAGCACUAAGGAUUGAAAAGGAAUGAGAAGAUGCCCUUUCAACCCUUCUCACCUCAGUAAACCCUCCGCAUAGUUUAAAUGACAUAUUUUAAAACUGGGUCUGGGUCUCCAAGUCUCAGCUCACACUGAGAUGCUCACUUUGUGAUAUGUGUGGUUCUGAUUUGGGCAACGUUUGUAGAUAACCAUGGCUCAUCUAAAGAGCCCCAGCUGGGGAAACUCGGUUUUAAGCCAUAAAGCUUUUCCUAUAGGUAGUAAACAAUUUCCUUAGACUUUGAUGGGAUAGCGUGCGGGAAAUGGGACUUUUAGGAGAGGAUAUGAAUGGGAAAUGGUCCCAAAGUCCUGAGUGGUUGUUUUCUUCCCACUGACCAAAGCUGGAGAGGGAUCCCUCAGGAGGGUGUGUUCCGGAUUUCUUGCCUCAGGCCCAAGACUCCAACCAUUUUAUAAUGGAAUCUUUAUUUUGUGAAAGUAAGUAUGUUCAUAGCUGGGAAAUUGGGUAAAGUACUAAUAGGUGGAUUUUAGGGAUGAAUUUUAGGGUUUCUCUCUCUCUCACUCUCUCUCUCUCUUCCAUAUUUAGGGCUGUCUGCACACAUCCAUGCAUGUUCAUGUUAGCAGAUACUAUAGAGGCUAUGAGUAUGUUUAUCCCAGUAGGUAUGUUCUCUGUAUGUGUAUCUACAUAUGUGAUCUUGUCUGUGUCUGUGUGUGUUUGUCUACAUGUCCUUUAUUUCACCUAUGUAUUUGUGUAAAUGAUUGUGGGGAGGAGGGAUUUUUUUUAUAUCUUUAGGUGUGUUAUCUGAUUUUUUAAAAGAUAUAUGAACUUCUCAAAAAGCAUUUUUACAAUGCAAUUUGUCAACAAGUUAAAAUGAAUAUAAUGAAAAUAAACUGAUUAUUUCACUGUCAAGGGAAUACCAAGUUGUAAAUAUCUGAUUGAAGUCAUAUCAAAUAGGACGCUUUCUAGAGUAGUCAAAUUUCGCUAAUUUUAGACAAUCUAAUGAGCCCAGAUCCCCCCUCCUGAAACAGUGAGUCCCAGUUGGCUGGGUAGGUGGUGGUUAAGGACAUGGGCACUUCUUUUAUGUGAUCAGCUUCCAGUUCUACCGCUACUGGCUAUAUAACCUUGGGCAAGUAAUGCAGCCUUUUUUGUGCCUCAGUUUCCUCACCUGUGAAAUUAGGAUAAUAUUGGUACCUACUUCAUUGGGUUGUUGUAAAUGAAAUAGUUCAAUUAAGGUGUAUGAACAUUGCCUGGCACAUAGUAAGCACUCAGUUCAUGUGAGCUGCCAUCGUUAUGAUUGCUAUUAUUAUCAUUAGAUUCAGGGACAAUUCCAGCCGCCCCUCCUGCAGAUCCCGUACCUGGUGUUGGGGGCUCCGGAGAGGAACAGUAGGGAAGAACCGGCUGUCCUGAACGCCUCCCUGCUGAGGCCCCCAUUUUCCUCUCUGCCCCGGCCCGCCCAGCCCCAGCCCUGCUUCCUGUGGACGUCAGGCAGUGAUGCUCUUCCCCUCAGGCCUAGAUAAAGGUAGCGGGGACUCAUCUCUGGAGAAGGAGUUCCUUGGGGCCCCAGUGGGGCCCUCGGUGAGCACCCCCAACAGCCAGCACUCUUCUCCCAGCCGCUCACUCAGUGCCAACUCCAUCAAGGUGGAGAUGUACAGCGAUGAGGAGUCGAGUAGACUGCUGGGGCCAGAUGAGCGGCUCCUGGAAAAGGACGAUAGUGUGAUCGUGGAAGACUCGUUGUCGGAGCCCCUGGGCUACUGUGAUGGAAGUGGGCCAGAGCCUCACUCCCCUGGUGGCAUUCGGCUGCCCAAUGGCAAGCUCAAAUGUGAUGUCUGUGGCAUGGUCUGCAUUGGACCCAACGUGCUCAUGGUGCAUAAACGCAGUCACACAGGCGAAAGGCCCUUCCACUGCAACCAGUGCGGAGCCUCCUUCACCCAGAAGGGGAACCUGCUGCGCCACAUCAAGCUGCACUCCGGGGAGAAGCCCUUCAAAUGCCCCUUCUGCAACUACGCCUGCCGCCGGCGGGACGCGCUCACUGGCCACCUCCGAACACACUCGGUCUCCUCUCCCACGGUGGGUAAGCCCUACAAGUGUAACUACUGUGGCCGGAGCUACAAGCAGCAGAGUACCCUGGAGGAGCACAAGGAGCGGUGCCACAACUACCUGCAGAGUCUCAGCACUGAAGCCCAAGCUCUGGCCGGCCAGCCAGGUGAUGAGAUACGUGACCUGGAGAUGGUGCCAGACUCUAUGCUGCACUCAUCCUCUGAGAGGCCCACAUUCAUUGAUCGUCUGGCCAACAGCCUCACCAAACGCAAGCGUUCCACCCCCCAGAAGUUUGUAGGUGAGAAGCAGAUGCGCUUCAGCCUCUCGGACCUGCCCUACGAUGUGAAUUCGGGUGGCUAUGAGAAGGAUGUGGAGCUCGUGGCACAUCACGGCCUGGAGCCUGGUUUUGGAGGUUCUCUGGCCUUUGUGGGGGCAGAGCACCUGCGUCCCCUCCGCCUUCCGCCUACCAAUUGCAUCUCAGAACUCACGCCCGUCAUCAGCUCUGUCUACACCCAGAUGCAGCCCCUCCCCGGUCGACUGGAGCUUCCAGGAUCCCGAGAAGCAGGUGAGGGACCCGAGGACCUGGCUGAUGGUGGUCCCCUCCUCUACCGGGCCCGAGGCCCCCUUACUGACCCUGGAGCAUCCCCCAGCAAUGGGUGCCAAGACUCCACAGAUACAGAGAGCAACCACGAAGAUCGGGUUGGGGGGGUGGUAUCCCUCCCUCAGGGCCCCCCACCCCAGCCACCUCCCACCAUUGUGGUGGGCCGGCCCAGUCCUGCCUACGCCAAAGAGGACCCCAAGCCACAGGAGGGGUUACUGCGGGGCACCCCAGGCCCCUCGAAGGAAGUGCUCCGGGUGGUGGGCGAGAGCGGUGAGCCCGUGAAGGCCUUCAAGUGUGAGCACUGCCGCAUCCUCUUCCUGGACCAUGUCAUGUUCACCAUCCACAUGGGCUGCCAUGGCUUCAGAGACCCUUUCGAGUGCAACAUCUGUGGUUACCACAGCCAGGACCGGUAUGAAUUCUCUUCCCACAUUGUCCGGGGGGAGCACAAGGUGGGCUAGCAGCCCACUGCCCUCCCCUCAGUUCGCCACUCCCUUGCCCCACAUACAGGAGUCUAGCCCUGUCCCCACCACAUCCCAAGAAGUUGUGCUGUGUAGCCCCACCACUGGCUACCUGACUUCACACUUGACCCUGAAUCUUUCUCACCUGUCCUUCCCCCUGACUGAUUCAAGCAUCGUGAUGAAACAGGUUUUUGCUUAUGUUUCUCCUUUUUCUCUUACCCUCUCAUCCCAGCAUACUCAGAGUUAUUUAUUAAUAUAAUUAGCUGAUUUUUCUUUUGCAUUUUUUAACUUCUGUCAGUCACUUGCCACUCCUCCAUCCUCUUGCUCACAGUCCCCUUCCCCUUUAGGCCUAAUUUUUCUCUCUUUGUUCUGGCUUUCUCCAACAGCCCCUGGGGUGGGAGGCUCCUCUUAGUACUAAGAGACCUUGAACUUCUUGCGUUAAGUCCUCACUUUUGCAUUGCGUGAUGCUUCCGUUUGGAUGCUGAUAGCUCCCUCUGGCCCUACCUUAGCUCUGUGGCAUUAUAUCCCCUCUCUGGGACCCUUCAGCCCGGUGCUCCAUACCUCUUGUGCCCUCUCACAUUAGGCAGCUUGCACUUUUCUUAAACAAAGGAAGAAUUCCCUCAUUUGGAAGUAGGAGGGGCUGAAGACAUUCUCCCCAGUCACUGUGGGACUGAGGGUCCUGACCGCCCCCUAGUAACAUGAGUUCCCCAAAGCCCACAUUCAGGAUCUCCCUCUAGGAUGUGAUAUAUCUCUUCCCUCUUCUCGAACAACCCCCAACACUGCUCUACUUGCUUCAACCUGCCAGGCUACUCGGUGGUAGCUUUUCUCUCCUUGGAGUGCCCCAAUUUUAUAUUCUCAGGGGCCAAAAGGCUAGGUCUGCAUCCUCUGUCUCUGACACGUUGGGAGCCACAGGUGCCUAAUUGGGAACCAGGGCAUGGGAAGGGGUCGUUCAAAAUUCUCCUUACUCUCCCACCUCUCAAACUUCUUCACUCUAGUGACCUCCCUAGGCUCUCAGGGACUCCUGCAGUCCCCGUCCUAUGAGAAACCAGUGGGUUGCUGCCUGAAGACAAGGGGGUAUCUCAGCCCCUCGGUCACACUGCCUUCUUCUCUCCCCACCCAGCAGGAUUCACCCUCGGGAGGAAAGAGUGCCUCUUUUCUCUCUUCUGAUUUUCAGUGUAACCAAAAAUUAUCCCAGGACGAGCAAGGGCAUGUGCCCCUUACCCUGUCCCACUCUUGUCCCAGCAAGAAUGGGAUGGGCACAACUAAAAGGGGGCCACCUGUGACUGCCCCCCUUCUACACUCAGCUCCCAGAUGUAGGGCAGGAGGGGCACUCUCCUCCUGGCUACUGCAGAGACCCUGGCUAUCUGGGUAACCUGGUUAGCGAGAAGGGGCAGGAGGAGACACAGCUCCACUGCAAGUGGAGGUCUCUCUACCAGAGUUCCCUGCCCAGGGCCACAGCCAUCCCAUUCUCUGCUUCCUCGAGAUUCAAACCAAAGGCUGUUUUUCUAUAUUUAAAGAAGAAAAAAAAAAGUAGAAAACCAAACACAACACCUCACAAGUUGUAACACUUGCUCCUUCUCUCUCCUUUUUCUUCCUUUCCACCUUUCUUUCCACAUGUCCUUUCCUUAUUGGCUCUUUCGCCUCCUACUUCUCUCACUCCCUAUCAGGGGUGAAUUGGGGGUUGCUAAAGGAUUGGCUAAGGAACAGACCCUGGGAUUGGGGCUCUGAGAAGAGUCUACCUUACCCCCUCGGGGGAAGGAAGACACUUAAAAAAUUUCUCCUCUUCUUCCUUCUUUUUCUCCCCCAUUAUGUGGUCUCUCCCAGAGAACCAGAUUAUCAGGGAGGGGCAUUGUGGGUUGAUCUUUCCUCCUUGACAAGGUAGCAAUAAACAGAUGCUGCCAAGGGCAGAGGAUGGGGGAAUGAUCUGGGAGGAGAGUGGUCUCUAGAGAAGGGGAGAGUUUUCUCAUCAGCAACAUGGGAACUGACUCCUUUCUUCAGGAUGGCAGCAGAGAUGAGAUUAAUAUCCGGGUUCUCCUCAAUUGUUCUGAUUGUUGAACCCCUUCCUGGUAGACCUACCACCUCUUCUGUGUCUGCUGUAUCUUUGGUAACACCUCAUAAGGACUAGUCCCUUCUGGGGUAUCAGAGCCUUAGGGUGCCACCAUCUCCUCCCCCCGUCAGAUUUGGCACCUAUAACCUCCUGGAACAUGAAGGACUGUGCUCGGAGGCUGUGCUCUGAGCCCAUGAGAGCAGAGACUGGAAGGCAAGACCAGGUGCUAAGGAGGGAGAGAAGCGCACUCUGUCUCUCUCCAGACCAUCACUGCACUUUAACCAGGGUCUUAGGUACAAAUUCCUACUUUCUGGAGCCUUUCAGCUCUGGAAACUCAAACACUCUCACGCUCUCUCUCCCAACUCCUUUUGCAUAAAAAAGAAAAAAGAAAAAAAUACAUGGAAACCCAUGUGGAGAAAAGAGGUGUUUUCCUUUUAUACUGAUACUCAAAUUAGCACCACACACAAAAGAAUUUCUAAAUAGACACUUUUCCAGAUCUUUGUGUUCUCGUGUCAGUGUCCAAGCUGCAGGUGGGAUUUUGUAAUACUUCUGGCAGCUUCUGUCCUUGUGUAAAUAAUAUAUAUUAUAUAUAUUUUUAAUUAGAAGUUAUGAAGAACAAAAAAAAAAUAAAAACACAGAAGCAAGUGCAAUACCACCUCUCUUCUCUCUCUCUCUCUCUCUCUCUCUCUCUCUCUCUCUCUCUCUCUCUCUCUCCCAGGGUUUCAUUUGUAGCCUAUGCUUGGUGUCUCCUUGGACCUUACCCCUUCAUCUCCUCUUCCUCUGAUUCCCCCGCCCUGCCCCCUUUUUAAAGAGUUUUUCUCCUUUCUCAAGGGGAGUUAAACUAGCUUUUGAGACUUAUUGCAAAGCAUUUUGUAUAUGUAAUAUAUUGUAAGUAAAUAUUUGUGUAAUGGAGAUAUACUACUGUAAGUUUUGUACUGUACUGGCUGAAGGUCUGUUACAAGUAAACAUGAGUAAUUUAA